GCUUUCAAGCCAUUUUCAUUUAAUAAUUUCACUUAACUUUUUCUCAUUCGAACCCGCGGCGAUGUGUUUCACUGUUUGUUGUAAAGUGACAUCACUGUGUUAUUCAUGCCCAUCUAAAUGUUCUUGUUUUUCCGCGUGCGUUAUGCACUGUUAGCUCGUUAAAUAACCGCUUAGCUCUUGUGCAAUUUUCAUGUCAAAAGGCAGGCAGGCUUCAUAACAACAUUGUCGGUCUUCUGAGCGUCUUUGUGGAGAAAAAAGUUACGAAAGCGACUCCAUUUUAAGUUUUUUUUUCUCCAGGCGUCUAAGGUAAUGUAUCUACAGCGCCGCACAAAGCAAUUCUGAUUUACAAAAUCAAAAUGCACCUGUCUGUUACAAACUGGUGUCCACUGCUCCUCCUGUUUGGACUGCCCUGUUUCCUAUCUGGCCACGAUUCACAAAACGACAGGUUUCCUACGAAGCCAAUGGCCCAACCAGAGUUGGCAGAGUCCAACGGGACCCUGUACGCAAGCUGCAAGAUGAAACCCAACAGCAGACUGGCCGCGGACCAGCCUAAGGUCUACGGGCGGGUGCUCUUCAGACAGGGUGGUGUCGACAGGCCGCUGGAGGUGAUGUUCAAACUGAAAGGCUUCCCCAUCGACAUACAGAAGCGAGCAAUCCACAUUCACCAGUUUGGUGACCUCAGCAAAGGCUGUGAUUCAACCGGUGGCCACUACAACCCCCACAAGGUGAACCACCCUGGACACCCAGGCGACUUUGGAAACUUCGUGCCUCGCGGUGGACGUAUCCAUGAGAGGACGACGAGCGAGGCCACCCUCUUCGGGCCGCUGUCGGUGCUGGGCAGAUCCGUGGUGCUCCACGCGGGGGAGGAUGACCUGGGCCAGGGGGGCGAUGGGGGGAGCCUGCUUCACGGCAACGCAGGCUACCGGCUGGCUUGCUGCAUCAUCGGGAUCACUAGCACAAAUCUCUAGGACAUUGUAAGCCAACAGCGUCAAGAGGAGGCUAAGCGAAAGGUCAUCCCGCUCAUGCACUGCUGGGUCUGUCGCACACUAGGAUUGUAAAAAGAGCUGCCAUUCUUCAUAUCACCAGGCCUUGUCAGAAAAAUAUAAUUUAUUUGGUUCAUCACAGCAUCACUAACAGCUUUUAUUUCCACGAAACAAAUAAAUAGCUUUCUUAUCAGAAA